AGAAGGGGGGGGGCGCUGUGGUCGCCGUCAGUGGGCAGCGAAGACGCGGCAUGCCCCCGGCAGGGGAGAGCGGGCUGCCCUCAGCCGGACCAUGGGGACCCGCGCGCUGACAAUGCCUGGGUGAGAGGAGCAGCGCCAGCCACCCCGCCACCUCCACCAUCACCUCCUGCACUCAGCUUCACCACCGGCCACCAGCACCAACCUCCUUCGCCUCCUCUCUCUCUCUCUCUCUCUCUCUCUCUCUCUCUCUCUCUGCAUUAUUGUUUCCCACUCUACAGAAAAUGGGGUCUGCUGAUGAUUAGGUCGGAAGCAAGUCAGAUUUUCCUCCAAAGCCUGGUAAUAUUUCUGUGGGCAAAAGAAGAGAGAAAAAAGAGAGGAAGAGAGUGAGAGAGGGAGAGAGAGAGAGAGAGAGAGAGAGAGAGGAGAGAGAGAAGAAACGGGAGGAGGGGAUAAGGAAAUUAAACCCUUUAAGUCAAUGCAUAUUGUGGUGACACCGGCACAGGAGCCCUCACGGUGGAGUCGGCCAGGGCUGUGCGUUCCCAAAAUAUGACCAGGGGUGCUUGGAUGUGUCGGCAGUAUGACGACGGCUUAAAAAUCUGGUUGGCAGCACCCCGGGAGAACGAGAAACCGUUCACCGACUCAGAGAGGGCUCAGAAAUGGCGACUGUCUCUGGCAUCUCUCUUGUUUUUCACAGUCCUGCUCUCUGAUCACUUGUGGUUCUGCGCCGAGGCCAAACUGACUCGGACCCGGGACAAGGAGCAUCAGCAGCAGCAGCAGCAACAGCAGCAGCGGCAGCAGCAGCAGCAGAGGCAGCGGCAGCAGCAGCAGCAGCAGCAGCAGCGGCACCGGCAGCAGGAGCCCUCCUGGCCGGCGCUCCUGGCGAGCAUGGGGGAGUCCUCGCCCGCCGCCCAGGCACACAGACUCCUCUCCGCCUCCUCGUCCCCCACCCUGCCCCCCUCCCCCGGCGGCGGCGGCGGCGGCGGCAAGGGCAACCGAGGUAAAAACAACCGGAGCAAGGCUCUUUUUCUAGGAAACUCUGCCAAACCCGUGUGGCGCCUGGAGACUUGUUACCCCCAGGGCGCCUCUUGGGGCCAGUGCUUCACGGUUGAAGAUGCGGACGCGGUGUGCGCCAGGAACUGGAGUCGGGGGGUGGCUGCCGGGGGGGAGGAGCAGCAGGUGAGAGGGAAGCCUCAGACUCCACUCUGGAACUUGUCGGAUUUUUACCUUUCGUUUUGUAAUUCCUACACACUCUGGGAGUUGUUUUCGGGGUUGUCCAGUCCCAACACUUUGAACUGCAGUCUGGAUGUGGUGCUCAAGGAGGACGGCGAGAUGACCACCUGCAGGCAGUGCGUCGAGGCUUACCAAGACUACGACCACCACGCUCAGGAGAAAUACGAAGAGUUUGAAAGUGUGCUGCAUAAAUAUUUGCAGUCGGAGGAGUACUCGGUGAAAUCGUGUCCAGAGGACUGUAAGAUUGUCUACAAAGCCUGGCUCUGUUCCCAGUAUUUUGAAGUCACACAGUUUAACUGCAGAAAGACAAUUCCUUGCAAGCAAUACUGUUUGGAGGUUCAGACAAGGUGUCCAUUUAUAUUGCCCGACAAUGAUGAAGUCAUCUACGGAGGACUGUCCAGUUUCAUCUGUACAGGGCUCUAUGAAACCUUUCUAACCAAUGAUGAACCAGAAUGCUGUGACGUCAGGAGAGAAGAACAAUCAAAUAACCUAUCCAAAGGGACGGUAGAAAAAAGUGACUCCUGUCACAGGACAUCGCUCACAGUGUCAUCAGCAACGAGACUGUGCAACAGCAGACUCAAACUGUGCGUUCUUGUCCUGAUUCUCUUGCAUACAGUACUCACAGCUUCAGCAGCACAGAACACAACGGGACUGAGCUUCGGAGGCAUUAACACACUGGAAGAAAACUCAGCCAACGAGGAAUAAUGGAAAGACCAAAUGCCACCAGAGAAAUGGCUGGCCUACCAUGAAGAAAGUAACUGCUGUCAAAUGUAACAGAAACUGGGUGCUUUUACCCUCUAAUUACUUCUUGCAAGGCCUUUAGGGUAAAAUUUAAAAAGAUGGGCCUGAAUCCAAACAAGGACACACACACAGCUUUUUAUUGACUAAAAGGCUGUAAAGUGACUUAAAUUUCUCACACCAUUUUAUACACUGUGUUUUAAUGUUUGGAGGUUUUAUUUGCUUUCGUUUUGAUUUUGGUUUAUUUGUUUUGUUUUGUUUUUCUUUUUUUUGCACUUGUUAAUACAGGAUUUAUUUUGGGGGAUGGUUUCUCAGAGGUAAACUAAGUCUUUUCACUGUCUCUCUCUCUCUCUAUAUAUAUAUAUAUUUCUAGUCAUUUGUGUGUGUUCAUCAGAUAGUUCUGUCUUCUAUGUCCUGUCAGUUUCUAUUAGAGGAAUGAUUGCUAUGACCUCAUGGUAUAGCAAAAAACAGCAACAAAAAAAAUAACAAAAACUCAAAAAAAGACAAAAAAAAAAAAAAGGAAACAACAAUAAAAAAAUAAAAAAUAAAUAAAAAAAAAUCCCCUACCUCUCCCUUCUGCCCAUGAAUCCCAAAUGCCUCUUCCGGCCCCUUCCGGACCCUUCCUUUUCUUGUCCUCUUCUCGUCCCCUUAAGCAGACAACAUCCGCUUGCUUCUGUCUGUGUAAUCACAGUGAAUGGGCGUGCACGCUCCGGCGGGCCUCUGAGCCACUGCUGCACAAACUCGCAACUGAGCGGAACCAAGGGGGCCUGGAGGGGGUCCUUUUUAGCUGAACAAACAAGUGUUCUCCAUAAUAGGUGGAAUCGGACAGUUAACACUUUUUUUCUUUUUAUGUUGAAAAUAAAAUAAAGGAAAAAAACUAUAAUGAACUGCUUUCUUCCAGUCCCCCGUUUCCAAAAGGUCCAGUCCUUUUUCGCUGGUCAGUUGAACGGGAGCAGCUGUCUGGAAUUGGGAUGUGAUGAGUUAGCAGUCCUUCCCUUAGAGACUUGAAGUUGGCUAUCAUUGUGGUUUCAGUUCUUUUGCAGUAGUAUACGAGCAAAUUCUGGCCAUUGUAAUGGGAACAAAGAGACUGAGGAAACAAUCUGGACUUCUUUUCCUCCUUUAUUGGUGUGGAAGAGAUACUAGAAAUGUUCAAACAUCUGCAGUGUAGGGAAUAGAUACAAUUUUAUGUAUUUCCCCAACAAAUGAUUUAAAAUUAUUCCAGUUAUAAAGAGUAUGCAAUUCUACAUUAUCACAGAGGAACAAUUUCUUUUUAAAAAAAAAUUAACUAGAUCAGCCAUUUUCAUCACAGUGCAAAACUUUAUCUCUCUAACAUGCUCUAGGUAGUUGAGGAAAAGAGAAGUCUGAUCACCCUGUUUGUAUUUUUGUGUGUGGAAACAUUUCACCUGCUGAGUGUAUAUGAAUUUGCUUUCUUAAAAAAAGGCAUUUAUGAGUUUACAGUAGAAUCAGUGGAAGGAAGAGUUAAUAAGGGCUGUUUUUAAAAAAACAAAACAAAACAAAUAAUUAAAAAAAAAACACUUUACAUUCCUUCCUAUUCUCUAACUACACUUGGGAAGUGCACUUCAGAUAUGUUUGCUGUGUAGCUGGGAGAUGAAGGAAAACUACAGAAAAGGUCCUCUUAGCGAACAAAAUUUAGUUAUUAACUUUAUAGCUAUGAAAUUCCCCCAGGCGUUUGUUUUUGUUCAAACAGACUUUAACCUCUGCAUCAUACUUAACCCUGUGACAUGCGUACAAUAUGCAUAUUUUGUUUUGAAUAAAAAAUGUUUUGUUCCAGUCUGUUAAGAAUAUUCAAAAAUAAUAAAGGUAUUGCUUAAUAAAAUUGCUAGAAUUGUUUAGCAGUACAUGCACAAAUAUUUUACUAGAUUCUUUGUUUUAAUAGUGUUUUGUUGAGACUGAAAAUCCUAAGACG